AUAGAAUCAUUUACCACGCCAUUGCAGGUUGCCUCCGAGACAUCCGGUGAAUUCAGAGAUCUGCUCUGCGCUAUCGUCACUGGAAGCCGAGAUCCCAGCAGCAACACCAACGACCAAAUGGCGAAAGACGACGCUAUCCGCCUAUAUGCUGAUGGCAAGGGAAAGCUCAGCGGCAAGGAUACCCCGUCGCACUUUUUGAACAUCAUGGCCUCACAGAACCAGUACCAACUGAGAAAAAUAUUCGCUGCAUUUGCUGAGCUGUCUGGGUCGUCGAUCGAGAAGCUGAUUGAAAAGGAGUUCAGCGGUGAUCCUCCAGAAGAGUUACCUGACCAUUGUGCGAGCAGCCUCUGA